AUGGCGCUGCGAGUGGCGCGGAGCGUGCGGGCCGCGGUCUGCAGCCUGCGCGCCAUCUCUGCGCCCAACGCGCCCUGCCCGCCGUGGCCCUGGGGACUGCGGGCGGGCGCCGUCCGGCCGCUGUGCACCGGCCCCGUUCUGUUGUCGGGUCGUAAAUUCACAGACAAACAUGAAUGGGUAACAACAGAAAACGGUGUUGGAACAGUGGGAAUCAGCAGUUUUGCACAGGAAGCUUUGGGAGAUGUUGUUUACUGUAGUCUGCCUGAAGUUGGGACAAAAUUGAACAAACAAGAGGAAUUUGGUGCUUUGGAAAGUGUGAAAGCUGCUAGUGAACUCUAUUCUCCUCUAUCAGGAGAAGUAACUGAAAUUAAUGAAGCUCUAGCAGAAAAUCCAGGACUUGUCAACAAAUCUUGUUAUGAAGAUGGUUGGCUGAUCAAGAUGACACUCAGUAACCCUUCAGAACUAGAUGAACUAAUGAGUGAAGAAGCAUAUGAGAAAUACAUAAAAUCUAUUGAGGAGUGAAAAUGGAACCCCUAAAUAAACUAGUUGGAAACAACUUAAUCUAGUAUAGUUGUCUUAAAUUAGUGGUGGAUAGAUUUUUAAAAAGCAACUUUUAGCAACAAUGUUGCCUGAAGAAAAUACCCCUUAACUUCCUAAUGAUUUCACAUAAACACCAUGCAUCUUUUUCACAACACCCUGUGAUUUUUAGGCUAGUCUCCAGUUAUAAUACUCAGAAUUCCUGAAAUUAUCUGUGGUAAAACUAGUUAUAAAAAUUAAUUCAAGGAUAACAUUGUUAUCUUAACCUUAUAUAGUAUUGUAACUUGCUUA